AUGUCAGACAACCAAGAACUGACUGAUUCCACUGCUAAUGGUGUCAACUCGUUACCCAUGAAUGACCACGAGAGAAUUAGGCGCACAAAGAUUAUGAACUCUUUGGACAAUCUUGACUACUUAAUGUUGAUUGCGGCUCAACAAAAGAAAUCCAUAGCUCAAGUUACUUACGAAUUGAAACUUCAAUUAAUACAUGGUGGUUAG